AUGCAUCACAAAAAUUUAAUGCCUCUUUUAAAACAAAUUAAAAAUUCAGCAGAAUCUCAUAUCGUAUUAGACUGUUCGAUAGAAAAAAUUUAUCACGUAUUAAAACAAGCACAACAAAUAGGAAUGAUGAGCGAUUAUCAUAGUUAUCUUGUGACGUCAUUAGAUUUACACACAAUAGAAUUGGAUGAAUUUAAAUAUGGCGGCACGAAUAUAACGGCUUUUAGACUCGUCGAUCCGGAAAGGCCGGAAUUACAAAAAGUCGUUAACGAUUGGGCAAAUAACGAAUCACGAUACGGAAGGAAAUUGGAAUCUUCAUCUUCUGGAACCACGUCGAACAAGACGGAAACUUCACUUAUGUACGAUGCCGUUCAUCUUUUUGCAAAAGCACUUCACGAUUUAGAUUCAUCUCAAAGGAUAGAUAUAAAACCUUUGAGUUGUGAUGCUGUCGACACGUGGCCACAUGGUUACUCCCUUAUUAAUUACAUGAAAAUCGUAGAAAUGCAAGGAUUAACGGGAGUUAUUAAAUUUGACAAUCAAGGCUUCCGUUCGAGUUUUUCAUUAGAUAUUAUAGAAUUGGGAAGAGAAGGUUUGAGAAAAAUAGGAACCUGGAAUUCGACGGAAGGUGUUAAUUUAACGAGAACAUACGGAGAAGUUUACACGCAAAUCGUCGAAAGUUUACAUAAUAAAACAUUUCUCGUCACCACCAUUUUGAGUUCUCCGUAUUGCAUGAGAAAAAAUUCAAGCGAAAGACUAACCGGAAACGAUCAAUUCGAAGGUUACAGCGUGGAUUUAAUUUACGAAAUAUCUAAAAUAUUAGGUUUUAAUUACACAUUCAAACUCGUACCUGAUGGAAGGUACGGAUCCUUUAAUAGGGAAACAAAAGAAUGGGAUGGAAUGAUGAAAGAAUUACUCGAUCAAAAAGCCGAUUUGGCAAUUGCGGAUUUAACGAUAACAUACGAUAGAGAACAAGCCGUUGAUUUUACGAUGCCGUUUAUGAAUCUCGGAAUAAGCAUACUUUACCGGAAACCGAUAAAACAACCGCCGAAUUUAUUUUCCUUCUUAUCACCGUUAUCAUUAGACGUUUGGAUUUAUAUGGCAACAGCUUAUCUCGGAGUUUCCGUACUUUUAUUUAUACUCGCUAGGUUCAGCCCAUACGAAUGGGAUAAUCCGCAUCCUUGUAACGAAGAACCCGACGUUUUAGAAAAUCAAUUCAGUCUUAUGAAUUCUUUGUGGUUCACUGUCGGAUCACUAAUGCAGCAAGGUUCCGAUAUAACACCCAAAGCCGUUUCCACGAGAAUGGUUGCCGGAAUGUGGUGGUUUUUCACGCUCAUCAUGAUCUCAUCGUAUACUGCGAAUUUAGCCGCUUUUCUUACAGUUGAAAGAAUGGAUUCGCCGAUCGAAAGCGCCGAAGAUUUAGCUAAACAAACUAAAAUAAAAUAUGGCGCGCUGAGAGGCGGUUCGACGGCAUCAUUUUUCAGGGAUUCAAAUUUUUCAACGUAUCAAAGAAUGUGGUCCUUUAUGGAUUCUGCAAAAUCUACCGUUUUUACGUCAUCGAAUAAAGAAGGGGUUGAUAGAGUUUUGAAAGGAAAAGGAAGUUAUGCUUUUCUUAUGGAAUCAACAUCCAUCGAAUACGUUAUUGAAACAAAUUGCGAAUUGACACAAGUCGGGGGUUUGUUAGAUUCUAAAGGUUAUGGAAUUGCAAUGCCGCCGAAUUCUCCGUACAGGACGGCAAUAAGUGGUGCCAUACUUAAACUUCAAGAAGAAGGAAAAUUACACAUAUUAAAAACAAGAUGGUGGAAAGAAAAAAGAGAAGGAGGUUCCUGCAGGGACGACACAUCGAAAUCUAGUAGUGCCGCUAACGAAUUGGGUUUGGCAAACGUCGGCGGUGUUUUUGUCGUUUUAAUGGGCGGAAUGGGUGUUGCUUGCGUCAUAGCAGUUUGCGAAUUCGUUUGGAAAUCCAGGAAAGUUGCCGUCGAGGAAAGGGUGAGCAAGAUUCUGCAAGACACUUAG